CUGCAUUUAGUUAUUAUUCAUCAGUUGCAAGAUUAAGUCGUCGGUUCAUAAAUCGGCAAAAUGGUGCGUUUAUAUUUGCAAAAUUCAUAUCUUGUGUAAACAGAAAUUCUAAAAGGUACAUAUGAGCACAGAUAUAACCGAUAGAUCGACAAAACUUUAAACAAAUUAAUGAAAUAUCUGGCGCCAUAAUGUCGUCUUUCUGGUACUUUAUACUUCUGAGUUACUCAUUUGGCUUGAUUUUCCAUGGUGUAGGUGCACAAAAGACUUGUCCUUUAAAUCGUAAUGCUAUUGGGCUGUGCAAGCCGUAUGCUGACUGCAGUGUGCUAAAGGGUCAAAUCAUUUUUCCUGAUGAAAUUUGUGAGUCUGGUACGAUUUGCUGCCCUGACAAUGCUGUAGUUCCAACAGUGCCUACGCCGUAUUUGAUAACCCUCCCUAUAGUGCUAACAGAGCUUACUACCAAACCUGCUAUAACUAUGCCAACAGUGCCACAUGUGCCUCCACCAGCACUCACGACACUACUGCCUACGUUUGAUAUUGUGGAUGAACCUACUUUCAAUGAUGAGUUCUACAGGCGUUUAGUAUUGACUUUUGGUGAAAAAUACAAUAUUUAUAAACAGACAAGUAAUACGAGUACGACCUAUCAACAAAGUGGUUAUACAACAGUUGAUCCAUCAACAUCAACAGCAACAACAAUAGCGCUAACGGAGACUUUUCCAACAACAGAGGAUCCCAGUAAAUUAUUAAAUAAAUUGCAUCCAAUCGGUUUGGAGAUAUUACGUUCCCAAAAAUGUGGUUUGGUUUAUCCGAGCGUCAGUAGUGUUGAAGCGGAUAUACUUGAAUUCCCUUGGAUGGCGCUGUUGCAGUAUAAGAAUGGCGAUGGUAGCCGGAAAUUUGCUUGCGGUGGUUCAUUGAUCACCGAAAGUUGGGUGCUGACUGCAGCGCAUUGCAUAAAGCCAGGAUUGUGGGUUUCACAGAUGUUUUAUGCUAAUCAAAAUGAUUUUAACUAGCUGUGUUGAUUUAUUAAAAAUUUUCUUUAUCUGCAUA